UUUGGUACGCUAUUCUAUGCAUCCACAUAUCUUCUCUUCUCCAUCAAUUGAAUUCUCAGCUCCUUUGCUGGUUUCUUGUCUCUUUAUCCCAUUUCAUUUAACUCUACGUGCUGUCUCUCAAUCAACCAAGUAGCAAAACAAAACCCAUAUUGAAAGCCAUUUUCCUCUUGUUAAUCAACCCAAACACCCGUAAGUUUUCUUUAUUUAUAGCCUUUUUUGUUCACACUCAUUUCCUCAUCCACCAAACCCUAAAGCUCCUCUCUCGUAAAAACUAUGCAGAUCUAUUCAAACUUCUUCAACUAUAUAUCCUCCAGUGAGAGUGCCUGUUUGGAGACCGAUGAUCAAGAAGAUGAAGAUUCUAUCAUCCUUUCUCUUGGCCCUCCAGGUCAACACCACCUCUACAAACGCCCCAUUUGUCAACCCUCCUCCUCAAAUCAACAUGACAACAAAAACCAACAUCCGAGUACUAAAAAUGGUGUAACAGUGAAUCUCCAUAUCGGUCCACCACCAAACAGUGACGAUCAAGCCGAGCCAAGCAAUAGUACUAAUGAUACUGGUGAACUAGUUGAAGGACACUACUGGAUUCCUUCACCCGCGGAAAUCCUUGUUGGCCCAACACAAUUCUCUUGUACUGUCUGCAACAGAACCUUCAAUAGAUACAAUAAUAUGCAGAUGCAUAUGUGGGGGCAUGGUUCACAGUACAGGAAAGGCCCAGAGUCUUUAAAGGGGACCAAACGGGCUUCUUCUAUGCUCAGACUGCCUUGUUAUUGCUGUGCUGAGGGUUGCAAGAACAACAUAGACUACCCAAGAUCGAGGCCAUUGAAGGAUUUUCGGACUCUACAGACUCAUUAUAAACGAAAACAUGGAACAAAGCCUUUCGAGUGCCGAAAAUGCGGCAAGCAUUUUGCUGUCAAAGGUGAUUGGAGAACUCAUGAGAAAAAUUGUGGAAAGCUUUGGUUUUGUAUUUGCGGGUCUGAUUUUAAGCACAAGAGGUCCCUCAAAGAUCAUGUUCGUGCCUUCGGAGAUGGACAUGCACCUCACAUUGUUGAAUCGUGUGAAGUUGGAGAAGAAGGCAACAUGAAUGAAGAUGAUGAUGAUGAAGAAGAUGAAAAUGGUGAUGUUAAUCCUGGCUUAUUCCAAUUAUGAAUGUAGAGCUUACGUUAUGUUAAGUAAUUAAGAACAAUUAAUUAAAGAGUGGUUCCAAGUUAAUGUGAUGUGAGAAAGAGAGGAUGAAGACAAAGGAUACAGUGAAAGCCAAGGUCGUAUCCAUUUAAUGUUUGAAGUGCCAGUUAUAUUAUCUA